AACUUAUCGAAGAGUAAUUCAUUCACCUUCCAUCGAUGGUUUCACAAAACAAAGACAUAAACUUCCAGUCUCAAAUCCGCCACUAAACUACACCCCUAGGCUUACACUUUCAACUCCUCAAAGGUCUCAUGGAUCCUCACAGAAGAAAAUACAAACGAACACUUCCAAGAAAUUCUAACGAAGUGAAUUAGCAGAAAAAUAUACCCCGAACUAUAUCAUUGAAAACACAGCAAACAUACUGAUUAUGAAGAACCGUAGAAACGUUGACAAGGUAUAAAAGAUUAUGAAUAACGGCGUAAACUUUCAUUGCCAGUUGGCUAGUUUAUUCAAUGUGGACGAGUCACCAGAACCUUUGAAAAAUCUACGUAUUUUAUUGUUAAAAUGGCUUCAAAAUGUUGCGAUGUUUUUCUCACAAUGACAGGGUAUGAUCUGAAAAAUGGCAGGAAUAGAAGACAGUUUUUCGAUGAUUUUAGUCAAAUAGGAAUAGCAAUUUCAUUAGUGGUAAUUUUAUGGAAAAUACUGAUCACAGCGACCAACUGCACCAAUCCAAUCGUUGUCGUUGUAAGCGGAAGCAUGGAACCAGCCUAUUACAGGGGAGAUCUACUAUUCGUAACCCAUUACGACGAUCAACCAGUUAGAAUUGGUGACGUGAUCAUAUUCUCAGUGAAAACACAUCCGAAUCGACUAGUGCAUCGAGUAAUCAAACUGCAUCAAAGCACAGACCCUUCAAAAGUCAAAAUAUUAACCAAAGGAGACAACAACGCUUACGACGAUAGUACCGGAUUAUACGCACCUGGACAAAAAUGGCUCAAAAAUAAAGAUAUACACGGCAAAGUCAAAGGAUAUUUACCUUACAUCGGUUAUAUGACUAUUCUACUAACAGAAUUUCGACCUUUUGUGAUCGUAUUCGCCGCAGUUGUAUUCAUUUACUGGUCGCGAACUAACGACGACAGUAACGAAACUACGGAAAACAACGAAUCAGAAAAAGAGGAAGAAGAAACCUCCGAAUCUGACGAAUAAUCGAGAUUUUACAUCGAAGUGUACAUAUUUAAAAAUAAAAAUUUUGAAACUGA